AUGAGUCACCUUCUUAAUCUGCCCGUGCUACUCCUUAAAGAGGGGACAGAUACCUCUCAGGGGCGUGCCCAGAUAAUUAGCAAUAUCAACGCUUGCCAGGUCGUCGUGGAAUGCAUUAAAACCACUCUCGGUCCUCGUGGCAUGGACAAGCUCAUUCACAGUGGUAACGACGUGACGAUUACAAAUGACGGUGCCACUGUUCUCAAGCUUUUGGAAGUGGCACAUCCAGCUGCCGCGGUACUGGUUGAUAUUGCAAAGUCCCAGGACGACGAGGUUGGUGAUGGGACAACGUCAGUUACCAUCCUUGCUGGAGAGUUGCUAACUGAAGCGAAGCAAUUUAUCAUUGACGGUAUUAGCCCACAGGUGAUAAUAAAGUACUUCCGUCUGGCUUGUGAACGUGCUCUUAAGCAGAUUGAGAGUAUGGCUGUCAACAUUAUCAGCAAGGACGAUGCGGAGAAGCGUUCUUUAUUGGCAAAAUGUGCUGAAACUACUCUAAACUCCAAGUUGUUAUCAGGUCAUAAGACAUUUUUUGCCAAGAUGGUUGUAGAUGCUGUUAUGUUGUUGGACAGCGACUUGGACCAGGAGAUGAUCGGUAUUAAGAAAGUGACCGGUGGUAGUUGCAUUGACUCAAUGCUUGUGAAGGGUGUGGCGUUUAAAAAGACGUUUACCUAUGCUGGAGCUGAGCAGCAGCCUAAAAAGUUCCUGAACCCCAAGAUAUUGUUGAUUAACAUUGAGCUUGAGUUGAAGGCUGAGAAGGAAAACGCUGAGAUACUUAUUAAGGACCCCAAGCAAUAUCAGAGCAUCAUCGACGCAGAGUGGACUAUCCUCCACGAUAAGCUCGAGAAAAUCGCGAAAAUGGGCACCAACAUAGUGCUUUCUAAACUCCCAAUAGGUGAUAUCGCCACACAGUUUUUCGCUGAUCGCAACAUCUUCGCCGCUGGACGUGUCGAGCAGGCUGACAUGAUAAGAACUAGCAAGGCUACUGGCGCAUCCAUUCAGAACACUGUCAACGGUAUCAGCACUGAUGUUUUGGGUACUUGUGGUCGUUUUGAGGAGAAGCAGAUCGGUAAUGACCGUUUCAACAUUUUUGAGGACUGUCCUAAGACUACAACUGCCACUAUUAUUUUGAGGGGUGGUGCGCAGCAAUUCAUUGAAGAGAGUGAGCGUUCUCUGAAUGAUGCCAUUUGUGUUGUUCGUCGUACAACAAAGACCCACACUAUUGUUGGUGGUGGCGGUGCUGUUGAGAUGGAGCUCUCUAAAGCAUUGCGUGAGUAUUCAUUAUCUGUCGUUGGUAAGCAGCAGCUCAUAAUUAACGCUUUUGCACGCGCUCUUGAGGUGAUCCCGAAGACAUUAGCUCAGAACGCUGGAUUCAACGCCACUGACGUCAUUUCCAAGUUGCGACGUGACCACGCUCUUUCUAAAGAGGGUGUGAACUGGUUUGGUGUUAACUGUAUGAACGGCGACAUUGUGGACACAUUUGAGGAGUGUAUUUGGGAGCCUGCUAUGGUGAAGAAGAACGCUCUUUAUGCGGCUACUGAGGCUGCGUGCCAGGUACUAUCAAUCGAUGAAACUGUCAAGCAUGCCGCUCAAGCGGCACCUUUGGACUAG